AUGAACGGCGCCGGCGGGAGGUUUAGAUUGAACAAUCGAGGUGGCGGCGGCGGGCAGCGGAAGGACAGAGAUAACGACGAUCUGAUACUGUUCAAGGAGUUGAAUAGACGGGAGAAGGAUCAGGCUGCAAGUCUUCUCCAGCCCAUCUCCGAUGAGUUCGAGGUUAACGCCGCGGGGACUCACCAUUCGUUCUACCGUAUCCCGUCGGGGAAGAAAGACGGAUCGCAGGGCUACGAGUUCUUCGGCGGCGGCGGACAUGGCAAAAACGAUUAUGAUUGGUUAAAAACGCCGCCGGCAACUCCCCUGUUCCCGUCUCUGGAAAUGGAAGCCAGUCGGCCGGACUUAUUGGUCCAGCGGGAGAUCACCGUCGUUCAGCCUCUGUCACGGUUUGCAGCCAGUUCGGAAUCCGGUAAGUCAAGAACAACUAGUACCACAACAAGUCCGCCGACCACAACCAAAUCCUCGCCGUCGAGACCAAAGAUGCCGACCAACAGGUCAUCACUCACUGGCCAACGACCAGCCCCCAAUGUUGCACAACCAGUAGGCAACGAAGUUGGGCCCACACUAGUCCAAUAUGGUCGACCAAAGCCCACUACAGAUCACUACGCUGGGCCAAAACUGCAGCCCAUAAUAGAGAGAGCUACCAAUACCACUACUAUUCCAUCAUCCGUUGGGAAAUCCAAUGUUAAACCGGUCCAACAACCCAAAACCAGGGGAUUGUCUCCUGGAGUAAGAUCCAACAUUGCAACAGUUGCUGCCGCGGUAGCAGCCGAUCACCACUCUCGAACCACAAUUGCUAGCUCCAGGCCCGAUCGCGCUAGCUCGACUAGCCGGAUCAGGCCCAAACCGAUGCCCUUCGGGCAUCAAAAGACCUCCGCGGCCGCUACUACUGCUGUUCCUGCAAAACCGCGGAGCAGCAGCAGUAGCAGCAGGCCACGAUUAUCAUCAACAACUACUACGACUAGGACGACGACUACCGCGACAAAUAAUGAAGGGAACUAUGUGCACAAUCAGAAGAGCCGCGGUGGUGGUACACAGGUGUUUGGGAGUAAAAUGGUGGAUAAAGUAAUGUCUGCCAGAAAAUCUUAUUCUACUACUACUUCAGGGAUUGGACAACAUCUUGAGGCAGUACAAGGAGCUAAUAGUGUGAAGCCAAAGGCUAAGCUCAUUGCUGAAGGUCUUGGUAACGGCGGCGACAAGGCCGGUAAUCUUGCCGGCGCUCCGGCGGCUGGGUUUGGACGGAUUUUGGCUCUCCGCAACAUGGAGUUAAAUCGAGAUCGGAAUAACAGGUCACAUUAUAAUCAGCAUGCCACCAGGUCUUGA